UAGCGGCGUAUGUUGCACGGUAGAAAAGUAAUAUGUAUUUUUUAAUGUCUCAACAUUUGCGGUUUACAAAACUCUGAACUUUGUAAUUAAUAUUUAUUUAUGGUUUCAAGAAUAUCAAGUUAGAAAUUGUGGGUGUAUUACAUAAAUUACAUUUCUAAACACAGUUAUCUUUUUGAGAAGAAAAUGCAAUGAAAACAUAACCUUAUUUACAAUCAACAAUGGUGCUUGAUAAUCUUUUUCAAAAAAUACAAGAAAAAGAAAUAUCAUGAAGAAUCUAACAACAAAACAAUUACAAAGAAUAGAAAAAAAGAAAAAGAAGAUGGCUGCACUUCUGGAAAUAACUAAAUUAAAUGAUAAAGAUAGAGAAGCCAAAAUGCUUAAGAAAACUUCUACAAUAUUAGAUGAAUCAAAUGAUACAGACAGCAAUGAGAUUUCUAUGGAAGAAAAUGUAAAACGUAAACGUCCAUGUGAUGAAGAUUUAAAAGAAACAUUUUUGGAUAAUUCUAUUAAAAAAGAAAAUGAAAUGGAUACAAAAGAAUCAGAUACGCUUGCUAAUAAAAAGCCUAGAUUAAGUGGAGAUGAUUAUUUAAAAUUAAAACAAGAAUUGAGAGAACGUAAAAAGAAACUUAAAACAAUACCACGAUUUCGUUUGAAAGCAGUUGGUGAAAGUGCUAGUUUAACUAUUAAUGUUAAAAGUGAAGAUAGAAUUCCUAUUUUUCUUAGCGAUGUACAACAUUUAUUAUUGUACUCAUUACAUGGUCAUCACUCACCCUAUAUGCCAACAAGAUGGUGUCAUCUUGAAAAAUAUAACAGGGUCGCACACACUGUGGUUCUUGUUGUUGAAGGACUUUCUCUAUAUCAUUUUAUGGCUUAUGAAAAUAUGUUUCCACAUAUAACAUCAAAGUUGGAACAUAGAGUAGAAGUUGUGACACCAACAGUCUAUGGAGGAUCAGUAAUAGAAGAACUUGCAGCUGUUCCCAUAACCGGAAUACAAAGCGAUAAAUUACUUAAAAAAUAUGGAUCAUUAGAAGCUGCAUUACGUAGUAGCGGUGAUGUAAUAAAAUUAUUACGAACUGUGUUUCCAAUGCAUGGAGUUCCAUCAACAAAUGCGGAAAAAUUUAAAACAAAAUAUGGUCUUCCUGGAACUGAUAAAUUUCCACGUACAAAAUUACUUUUAUCUUUAUGUCAAAUGGUAGAAGAAAAUUAUCCUGUUCCACUGAAAGGAGAAUUAGCAAAAAAAUAUGGAAAUUAUAUAAUGACAAAAGAUGUUUAUGUAGAAGCCAAUGAGAGAUCUCCAAUGAUUGGUUUGGAUUGUGAAAUGUGUAAAACAACUAGUGGAGAAUUGGAAUUAACGAGAAUAUCUCUCGUAGAUGAAAGUAUGAAAAUUAUUUACGAUAGUCUGGUAAAACCGGAUAAUCCUAUCAUGGACUAUCUUACUCGAUUCAGUGGUAUAACAAAAGAUAUGUUAGAAGGUGUCACAACUACGUUGUCCGAUGUUCAACAAAUAUUGAGAAAAUUGCUUCCUCCAGAUGCAAUUCUUGUAGGACAAAGUUUAAACUCUGAUCUCCAUACGUUAAAAAUGAUGCAUCCAUACAUCAUUGAUACAUCCGUAAUUUUUAAUAUUACUGGUGACAGAUAUCGAAAAUCAAAGUUACAAACUUUAGUGAGAGAAUUUCUCGGUGAAAGAAUACAAGAAAAUAUAUCUGGCCAUUGUUCAACUGAAGAUUCACAGGCUUCUAUGAAAUUAGUACAAUUAAAAUUAGCAAAUAGUGUAGAUUUUGGAGAUGCUGUGUUACUUGGCUGUUGCAACAUGGAAAUAUUAAAGAUGGAGCCAGAGAAAAUGACAGAUGAUCAAAGAUCAUUAAAAACUGAAAUACAAAAAUAUGCCACCUCAAUUUUCAAAUAUGUAGUAAAGGAUAAAAAAACUGCUGCCAUUGUGGGUAACGGAGAAGUUAUGAAUGAAUACUCGAAAUAUUUAACUUCUUCUAUCAAUAUUAUGGAUGAUGAAAAUUUUAGUAAAAACGAUCAAGUACGUCUUGUAAUCGCGGACAAUGAUAAACAGGCCGUCCUCCGAGCUUCACAAAUAGCUAUGGAGCAUGCUUUUACUUUAUGUCAUGUUAAGAUAGAACAAGAAAAAUUAAAAAAUGAUAAAAUACAAAAAACGUUCCGUACUGUAAAUAAAUGGGUACAUAAAUUAUGGCAGCAUAUGGCAAUGAAUGGUUUGGCAUGUAUUAUAUUUACGGGAGAAAAUAAUGCAGCAAAUGGUGCUUGUUUUUUGAAUUUGAAGAAAGAAAUAUCUGAAGAUUGUACAAUACAUGUUUGAAAAUAGAGAAAUUUAUAGAGAGAAUAACUAAAUACUAAUUUAAAAGAAAAUUAUUAAAGAAGUAUUAUUCUGUCAAUAAUAUGAAUUGUAAAAAAAAAGCACGAAGAACUAGAAAACAAAGUCUCAUAAUUAAUUCUCAUUCAAUAAUUAUUUUAUAGAAAUGUACAAAUAUCAUAUUAUUAAUAAACUUUUUUACUCCUUGUAAAUUUAAUGAGAAUUUUUACAGUAUGUAAAAAUUUAUUUAACAGAACAUACACAUUUAUAAGAUGGAUAUCAAAUUAAAGAGAAUGUUAAAUUU